AUGGAUCUGGAUCUCAGCCUCGACGACGGGGCGCUGCCGUCGGUGCCGCCGCAGAAGCGCUCGCGCGUGUUGCUGUCGUGCGCGCCAUGUCGCAACUCCAAGCUCAAGUGCGACAGGAGUCAGCCGUGCAGCCAGUGCGCUAAGAAGGACCGUCCCGAGGCCUGCGUGUAUGCGCCCCGGCCGGUCAAGAAGAAGCCGCCGCCCAAGGGCAUGUCGGCACGGCUGAAGCGUCUCGAGGGCAUGGUGCGGAGUAUGUUGGAGGCCGAGGCGGAGGAAAAGGCCGGCGAGGACGGGAGAGCGAGCAGGAGGAGGGGCAGUGGUGAGGGUAAGAGUGAGGAUGAAAAGACGGAUGCCCAGGAGACGAGGCCGGCACAGGGACAGGUGGUGCGGAGUUUGCAAGGAUCGACGUAUGUGGGAGCAACGCACUGCAUGGCGAUGCUGGAAGAUAUUGAAGACAUGAAGACGUACUUUGAUGAUGAGGAUGACGAGCUUGAAGGUGACUCUCCGGGGGGCGACCUGGACGCCGCCGAGAUGCUCCUGAGUCCCCGAGCUGGACCGGCUAGUCGCGAAGAGCUCAUCGGACACAUCCCAGAGAAACAUAUUGCUGACAGACUCAUUAUGCGAUAUUUUUCAUCGUCGAGUCCUUCACAAUUCUGUGUCCAUCGGCCAACAUUCACUAGAAACUAUGCAAGAUUCUGGCAAGAUCCUGAUAGCAUGUCUCUGCCCUGGAUUGCGCAACUGUUCAUGAUUCUUGCCCUCGGCGUCAUCUUCAACCACUUCUCAGCCCCCGAAGAGCUCCGCGCCGAGUCCGCGACGCCCGUCCUGCAGCGCAUCCAGAAGUUCCGCUCGUGCGCCGGCUGGGCGCUCGUCUGGAGCAAGUACACGAACCCGACGCCCGAGACGAUUCCGGCCUUCAUCCUCUACGUCGAGGCCUACUUCCUGUUCAGCCGCGCCGCGCAGAUGAGCUGCUACACGCUCUCCGCCGUGUGCCUGCGGCUCAUGCUCAAGCUGGGCAUGCACCGGGACCCGGGCCGGCUCGCCGCCGCUGCCGCGCUGACGCCGUACGAGGCGGAGAUGCGCCGCCGGUGGUGGAGCAUGGCCUGCCAGGUCGAGCUGCUCGUGUCCUUCCACAUGGGCCUGCCCAGCAUGCUGCACGGCGUCGAGUCCGACGUCGAGGUCCAUGGCAACCACCCGGACGAGGACUUUGACGAGGACACGUGCCGCAUGCCGCCGCCGCGCCCGCUGUCCGAGCACACCGCCCUGUCCUACUCGAUCAACAAGAUCAAGAUCUUGCGCGUCUUUGGCCGCAUCGCCAAGCAGGCGCACGCGCUGACCCCCCCGACCUACGCCGACACCAUGCGCCUCGACGCCGCGCUCAACGACACCUGGGACCGGGUGCCGCCGUUCCUGCGCGUCCGGCCGCUCGACCGGUGCAUCGGCGACGCGCCGACGCUGCUCAUCCAGCGCUACGGCAUCGAGGCGCUCUACCACAAGUGCCGCUGCGUGCUGCACCGCCGGCACCUCACCGAAAUCCCACUGCGACCCGAACACGACUACUCGCGCCGGCAGUGCCUCGACGCCGCCCUCACCCUGCUCGACUUCCAGCUGACCAUCUGGAACGCGACGCGGCCGGGCAGCAUGCUCAGCAUGUGCGGCUGGUUCGUCACCUCGCUGUCCGUGCACGACUUCAUGCUCGCCGCCAUGGUCGUCUACGUCGUCGCGCGCAGCCCGCAUUACCCGGAGCAGCCGGGGGUUGACGGCCACGAGCGCUGGGCCGCGCCGGGAGAUUCCCGGCUGAGGUCCAGGCGGGAGCUGACGGCGAUGCUGCGCCGCUCGCACGCCAUCUGGUGCCGCGUGUCGUCGACUGUCGGGGAGCUGCGCAAGACGAGGGACACACUGGCCGUCAUGCUGGCCAAGCUCGGGUGUCCCGUCGACGAGGGGAGCGGCGCCGACCCGAGGGGUAGGGUACCAGGAGGCGGUGGCGGUCUUGCCAUGGCCGUGCCGCCGCCACAGUCGUCAGGAAAUGACCUUGGGUUUGGACAACAGAACAUGUUCGCGACGGCUCCGCCACCACCGUCGCUGAUAUCGGGCGGACAGCUCUCGUCGGCGGCUGCAUCUGCCAACCAGCCUUCGACUGGCUCAGAGUCCACCCAAGGCUUCAAUGGUACGAUGAUGGACACAGACUUUUCUUCGGCCUUUGACAUGCCACUGGUUGGCAACGACCAGACAGUCGUGACCUUUCCCGGACUGGAGGUGGUGAGUGUCGGAGCUGACCUUUCAGGAAAGGAGACCUCGGCAUCCGGGGAGGGUAGCGACGGCAUAUUUGGCACUGUCGAGUUCGAAUCGUCUUGGAUGGGCGACGACAUGGACUGGGUGAGUGCUGAUAGCGCCUCUCGCAGAGGCCAAGACUGCUGA